AUGGAGAAGGCUAGCUUGUCAAUCUUAGACAGUGCCGCUGCUGUCGACGUCCUUGGUGGCGACAUGGGCGUGGAUCUCGUCUCCCACAUCCUGCUUGAAUCCACCUCGAUUGUGAGGAUGCUGGUGGUGUUGUCUUCCAUCGCAUCAUGGAUGUCCCGGAGCGAGGCGCCCCGGCAGGUCAUCUUCAUCCUCGAUAGUGGAAGCCUGACUUCAGCGGCUCAUUCUUCACCUGCAGCGGCAGAGGAGCACACGGGCUUCUGGCGAGGGCGUUGGGAGCGUAGACAGCGGCGCUGCUUCCUGGUGCUCCUCCUCCUCCACUUCCAGCGCCAGGAGGUUGAGGUCGCGGCGUGCUGGGAGAGCGUGCGUCGGCGCAUCGGCCUCGAUCUCCUCCGUCUUCACCUUCGGCAGGAGGUUGAUGACGAGUCGGGGCUUGGGCGCGUCCAGAGAGACUGCAGCCGACGGCGAGGAGAACUCCGGCAGCGGAUCGUAGCCCGGUGGGUUGAAGUGCUUCGGGUCCUCGUCAGAUGGCGUCGGGGACGGGAGGCCCGACCCGUACCCGUAGCCUGGGCAAGAGUACAUCAACGGAGGUGGCGCCGCGAGUUCCUCGUCAGAGAAGUAGCGGUCUGGGUCAUCGACGAGCCAUCCGACGCUUGGUCGGGCAAGCAUCCACUCCAUGGGCGCGUACACCGGCGGCAGUUCCGCGGCGUCCGUGGUGAUGUUGGAGGCAGAGGCCUCAAUCUCGUGCUCGAUCCUGGCCCCUGCAACAACCUGUUCGUCGAUAGCGUUUGGUGCGGCAGCAGCCUCUUGGGGCAUAACCAGGACGUCUUCACUGGGCGCAUCCACCCUGGUACUCGGUCCUGGCGCUCCAGGGGAGUCGCUGCGAUGCACCCGACAGUGACCACAGUGAAGGCGCUGACGAUGGGCGUUGCGGCGAAGGAGGCCACCACCAGGAUCGUAGCGACGAAGAGGAGCACGGUAUGGUGCAUUGCGGCGGUGGAGGCCGCCAUUCCUGUUCAGGCGACGCUGACGGCGGUGGCCGAAGUUCCGGCGACGAGCAGCAGCCGGACCAAAAAUCCAGCGAGGAAAACGGAAGCCCCGACGUUCCCUGGCCAUAAAUCGGGCGAAAGCGAAAGCAAGGCCCUUCAGAGAAUCCAUCUCUUCUCACCUCUCUUUCUCUCCUGUAGCCUAUUCUCUGGUUCGAGCAGUGCUGAUGACGUGAAGAGAAACAGAAAGAUUGAAGUGAACAGAUUGAUUUCAUUGAUAGUUACUGCAGGUACUUAUAUGUCCUGAGCAGUCGUGAUUACAUGCCCGUUACAAAGUUCGCGUCGUUUCGGAAAGACGCGGUGACCUGUUCGCUAGGAACAGCGUCUGGCCAACGCAGUAUCUUAACUGCCAUACGGAAUAUUUUAAGGAAUAAUUGGCUGCCUAAUUAGCCUAAGCUAAUACUAAUUUAUCCUAACAUUCUUGAGUAUAUCGGAUAUGUAAAUCUAUUUAUGGCCCCAUACACAUUUUCCUGUACUUGGGACUGGUAUCUGAAGUGUUAGGCCCCCUGCCCCCAUUCAUAUUCAAAACAUCUAAGAAAUUAAUUAGUUCAUUUGUAAUUAGCUUUAGUUUUACUAUUUUCCAAAUAUAGAAUUAAUUUUAAAAAGUGAAUAUGAAAAUGGGCGCUAUUACAUUUUAGAUAUGACCUAUAACAAUCCAUGGAUGUUGUCAGUUGUCACUAUUGUCAUACUACCUCCAUUUCAAUAUAUAAAACAUUUUGGUAGGCCAUUUUAUCCUACCAAAACAUCUUAUAUUUUGGAAUGGAGGUAGUACAAUGGAAUUUGCUUCAAAUGUUAGAUAAUAUAUAGUGUCGACUUAUUGGUAUUACUGAGCUACUUCCAUCGAAUGUUGAUGCAUGUUACCAGUACUUCUGCGAGUAGUAGAUCAUAUCCAUUCUGCCAUAUCAUGUUUGCAUAGAAAAUUCAAUUUUAUUUUGAGAAUAGUUUGCAGUGUACAAAUUUUCCAUCUACUUAUGGUUAUCUAAAACGGCUAGUAGCAUAUGUACGCGUGUUUUUAGUUCCUACCUUUUGAAUAUUUUUGUGUUGACUAUGUUCUUGACCAUAUGUCCUCGUUGUUAGUUCAUUUGCUAUAGAAAAAAAAUAACCGGUGUGAUCAAGUCAGCAUGGUAUUACUUGCAAGUGUUUUGAGUAACCCUUCCUCUUGUGUCUCAUGAACUCCUUGAGCUUUAUGUGGAACACUCAGUCAACAAUAUUAGGUCUUUCUGAUGCAGCUUGGCCUACUUCCUGUAGCAUAUAGACUGUAUCUCCGGCCAAGCUGCGUUGAACAUGAAUGUCAUAAAUUGGUCUGCAUAUCCAGCUCACUGACAUAUUGCCAUAGCAUCUUGGUAGUUUUGCGCUUUGUAUCUUGGGCUAUCUAUGAAGCUGGAUGGCACAUGGCAGCAUGGUUUAUAAGGUGGUAAAGCAACCUAAAGUGAGCACCAUCUACUCUGAUGCUUAAGCGAUGUAUGGUCACUGUCGGCCUAAGCGCCUAAAGUAGGUAUAUUUCUAAGGCGUUGCCAGGGCGCCUUACCACUUAAGCGAUGCUGAAGCGUCUGAAGCAGGGCACUUUAUAAACAGAGCAUGGAAGUAGUAUUCUCUUUCGUACCUGUUCAUCCCUUGUGUCUCCUCUUUCUAUUGCCUCUUGCAAGCCAACAUAUAAUUCCGUUCUUAGGUGUCCUUGGUGUCUUUUGAUCCAGUCCAGUUUGUACUGUAAAAUACAUGCAAGGGCAUCCCCAUUUAACUGCAGUUUAAGCUUUUCACAAACCAGGAAGUAUUUCGAUUGGUUAGUAUGGUGUUGUAUAUGACUCAUAGUAUUCCAACACUGUUACAUGCUUUCUCUUGCAUUUUGCACCUUCUUUUAAUAUAUCUUGUAUAUUUCCUCUAUACCCAUCUUUUCUGUAGGGGAAUAAUAAUGGAUACUGCAUAGCCAUGAAUUAUGAAUGGUUCUUUGAUAUUCUUCUCGGCCUAAUGGCCUUUUACUGAACAAUGAUAUCCAUCCUUUUCUAUUCCCUAUUGUAUCAUUCACAAUCAAGCCUAUAACUUCGGUUGCCAUUCUGAGUGUUUUUGCUAGUCUAUUAUCUCUAUCCAACAUAUUUUUAAGGCCCUCGACAAUGUGAUGAUCUGUUGAGUCCCUUGUAUCUUCUGAUGCUGACGCGUUAAUCCUGUUUUUACCUCAAUUGUAGGGUCAUAGGUGCAUAACUGCAUUGUGCGUGGCUCAUCUUUACCUUCAGAUGGUACUUACUGGAGGCUCGCUCGAUGGACCGAUGGCACAAUUGAGGAUAUUCGUGCACUUUCUUGUGAGAGUUCUUUUUCUUCUUUGAGGGAAAGCCAUCAUGGUCGUGUAUAUUUAUUUGGUGUAAUAGCUACAUCAUCUGCAAAAAAGACAAGUAAAAAGCUGGAGGGUUGCCUGCGAUGGGUACAAAUCUAAUCUAUCAUGGGUUUUGUUUAUGGGGCCAUGAGAUUGAUUGUGAGUUGGUGUAAAC